GUGGAGCAAUGAGAUUUUUUGUGCACAGGGCGAUGUUCAGACAUUAGCGGCUACGCUUUUAAAUAGAAAAUACAAAUAUUCGGCAUUUUUAGUUAACCCAAUUGGGUUCAACGAUGCGGUCAAGCAAGAAGCCGAAAGGCUCAAUGUUUUGUUAUGUACCACCGACAUUAUC